AUCCUGAGCGCCGCAGCUGUCUCAGGCCUCGAGAUUGAACUCCCGUCAUUUGAGUUCAGCGCCACGCACAAAUCACCUGAGUUCACCCAGAAAUUUCCUCUCGCUAAAAUCCCUGCCUUCGAAGAUGACGAAGGAUUCAAGCUGAUUGAGGGCAUGGCCAUCGCUCGUUACGUGAGCUCGCUCGCUCCCGAUGCUGGCCUCCUUGGUCGCAACGCAAAGGAAACCGCACAGGUAGACCAAUGGGUCCACUUUGCGGAGACAGAGAUCCAUCUCCCUGCAAGCAACAUAUACAUCGGUAUUGUCAUGAAGUUCCUCCCAGGAUUCAACGAAGAACAACAUAAAUACUACAAGGAACGUGCUGAACGUUCGCUCAAGUUCCUAGAAGAGUACUUGGCUUCACGUCCUUCCGGCUUGCUGGUGAACGAUAGUUUAACACUUGCAGAUAUCGUCCUCGCCACGGCUGUGCAGCGUGCAGGCCGGACGAUCUGUGGCAUUAAGGAGCGCGAACAGGUUUAUCCCCACGUAUAUGCUCAUUUUGCAAAAGUGACCAAUGACGAGAGGAUCAAGCAAGUGUUUGGAGAGCCUGGAUUCGUUGACGAGUCGGUUGCUUUCAAGGCCGAGUGAUUGGUAUUGUGCUGCAGAAAAGUUAACGCAGAUAAAGGGAGAUCUCAUGUAUUUUCAUUGCUAUGCAAACGGGCAUCAUUAUGGAGAUUGUA